AUCAUGCGGAGGAGCCGCUCUUGGCAGCACCCGGCGCCCGAGACGCUGCGAGGAGUAGCCGCAGCCGCCGCAGCGUCUCCGGCUCGGGCUGCAACGGCAGCAGGCAGCAGCAGCAGCAGCAGCCGCCGCGAGUGAGUCGCUGCGGCGGGUGGGCGCCCCUGCUCCGGCCGGCUGCCGGCUCUCCCUGCGCCGCUUCUCCUCGGCGAGCCCCGGGCGCGGGCUGAGCGAGCCUCUCCGCAUGGAUGUCAAGGCGGCGCCCAACGGCGUGGCCACCAUCGAGGACCGCAUCCUGCGCAUCACCGGCUACUAUGGCUACUACCCCGGGUAUUCCAGCCAGAAAAGUGCCUCCCGAUCCUCUGUCGUCCAAUGCAAGCCGGGAGGCAACUGUUCCAGCACGCAGAGUGGCCUCCGCAGACAGCAUUCCCCUUUGUCUGCUGCUGAAGAUUCUGCUGCUCCCAUUCUAGAGCUGCAGAGUCGAAGCCCCUCCGGAUUUUGCCGGCACGGCAGAGGAGAGAGGCAGAACAGAUCAGGAGAAGACGGGACACAAGCCCACGGUGAAAACACCAGCCAAGAGAGCCGUCCGCAGACCCGGUGUGAGUCCUGCACAUCGACGUUCCUGAAGGUCGUCUGGGGAUUUCUGAUCAUUCUGUCAGUCUCGUCUUCUUGGGUCGGAACCACCCAGAUCGUCAAGAUCACAUACAAGAACUUUGAUUAUCCCCUGUUCAUGACUUGGUUUUCAACAAACUGGAACAUUAUGUUUUUCCCAGUGUAUUACUCUGGGCAUCUUGCCACCGCACAGGAAAAGCAAUCACCAAUCAAAAAAUUCAGGGAAUGCAGUCGAAUCUUCGGAGAAGACGGCCUGACGCUGAAGCUCUUCCUUAAAAGGACAGCUCCUUUUUCCAUCCUCUGGACUUUGACUAAUUAUCUUUACCUGUUGGCUUUGAAGAAGCUGACGGCCACAGACGUCUCAGCCCUCUUCUGCUGCAACAAGGCUUUUGUUUUCCUGCUCUCAUGGAUUGUGCUGAAAGACAGGUUCAUGGGUGUCAGGAUAGUUGCCGCAAUAAUGGCCAUCACCGGAAUUGUCAUGAUGGCAUAUGCAGAUGGUUUCCAUGGCGAUUCAAUUAUCGGCGUUGCGUACGCCGUCGGAUCUGCUUCGACCUCUGCUCUGUAUAAGGUUUUGUUUAAGAUGUUCCUUGGAAGUGCCAACUUUGGGGAAGCCGCCCACUUCAUUUCUACGCUCGGCUUCUUCAACUUGAUUUUCCUUUCUUUCACUCCCAUCAUCCUGUAUUUUACGAAGGUAGAAUACUGGUCUCCCUUCUCGGCUGUACCCUGGGGCUAUCUCUGCGGAAUAGCAGGCCUCUGGCUAGCUUUUAACAUUUUGGUGAACGUUGGAGUUGUGCUUACAUAUCCCAUCUUAAUAUCUAUUGGGACAGUACUCAGUGUUCCUGGCAAUGCAGCUGUUGAUCUGCUCAAGCAUGAAGUUAUCUUCAGUGUUGUAAGGUUGGGGGCAACCAUCAUCAUCUGCCUUGGUUUUUUGCUCCUGCUUCUUCCUGAGGAAUGGGACGAAAUCACGCUAAGAUUCAUCAACAGCUUAAAGGAAAAGAAAAGCGAGGAUCACACAGAGGACGUCACAGACUCCAGCAUGUACUUUAGGAGCAGAAGCAGAGCUAACGGGACUGUGUCUAUACCGCUGGCUUAGAGCUGGUGACCUCUUAACUGCACGGGAAUGUAUAUUCUGUGAAUAUGAUUUAAUAAUUUUUUUCCUCACCCACCUGUAUGCUAAAAAUGAUAGUUAUUAUUUUAAACCAGGGACAGAUUGUAAAUUCAAUGCUAAACACAUCAGUAAGUAACUGUUUACAUUUGUACACUUAUCCGGGAAUAGGUGCAAAUAAACACAAUAAAUUCCUUUUUUAAACAAAACUAAA